AUGUCGGGUGGAAGUUUUCAUUUCCAGUUGCGCGACUCGCCCUUGCAUUCGCGUGAUGCCUCUGCCAGUUCCAAUUUCAAUCAUGCUCCUAACCACGGCUCCUUUAACAGGCCAUACCAAGCCUCGGAGUUUGCAGACUCCACAAGGCGAUUGGUCCCGCCAGGUGCUGCUCACGAGAGAUACGAUGACCCCACAUGGCAUCACGCAAGCUCCCCAACAAACGCAGCAUUCGCUCCUUCCUCGCCCACCAGGCAGGCUUUCUUGAACAGCCCUCCGGAGUCCCCUCGCUUCCCUAGACCGGACUCGCCGGGCUAUCAUCCGGGCUACUCGAGUCCUUAUCAACACAGAUGGCCCACGGGAUCGAAUCUCGCUUUACCAGCGAACGCUGCCCAUUAUCCGGAGAGUCGAUCUUCAAUGGCCACGGGCUACAAAGAAGAGUCCAAGGCUUCCUAUAGUCCUCCCGUUGWGGUUCGGCCGAUGGGAGGUCUUCCGCAAGGUCCUCCUGGUGGUCCUCCUCCAGAUGGCGGUCGCACUGCUUGGUUACAGGUUUUGGGAGGCUACUUCCUAUUCUUCAACACAUGGGGUCUGAUCAAUGCUUUUGGUGUCUUCCAAACAUACUACAAGACAUCUCUCCUCCCUACAUACACCAACUCCACAAUCGCGUGGAUCGGGACUCUGACCUCUUUCCUUCUCUGUGCCUCGCCAAUAACAUGGGGUCCCAUCUUCGACACUGGUUCUCCGCGGCUUCUGGUCCUCUUCGGGUCCUUCAGCGUUGUCUUUGGGAUCAUGAUGACUAGUCUGUGCACCGAGUACUGGCAAAUCAUGCUCGCGCAAGGAAUCUGUUGUGGAGUCGGCGGUGGCUGCCUCUUCAUCACGGCGACUUCCAUUCUCCCAUCCUACUUCUCCACGAAGCGUGCCUUGGUCAUGGGAAUCACCGCAUCUGGGUCGUCUCUCGGCGGGGUCGUUUACCCAAUCAUCUUCACCUACGUCCAGCCUCAACUUGGGUUCGGCUGGGCGGUGCGUAUAAUCGGAUUCAUCGCCAUCGCCACCCUCGCCAUUCCCUGUGUGGUCAUCAAACCCCGCAUGCGACCUGCAGGAAGGAGAAAGGUUUUCGAUACCUCCAUUCUCAAAGAACUUCCCUUCUCCCUAAUGAACGUCGCUACCUUCUUUGGCUUUGUGGGACAAUACAUUCCCUACUUCUUCAUUGAGCAAUUCGCAGAACAACAUGACCUCAAACUUAACUUCUGGAUGCUAAUAUUCCUUAACAUUGGCUCCAUCCCCGGCCGGAUCAUCCCCUCCCUUAUCGCAGACCGCUUCUACCACCCCUUGAAAGUCCUAACAGCAACUACAGCUGGCGCCACAAUCCUCGCCUUCUGCUGGAUCGCGAUCAAAUCAAGCACAGCAGGUCUUAUAGUCUGGUGUUUCCUGUAUGGAUUCUGUUCUGGAGCUUUUGUAUCACUCCAGGGCGCUGCGGUAGCGAGCAUGACGACAAAUAUGAGUACUAUCGGGACGAGAUUUGGGAUCAACAUGUUUGCUGGUGCUUUGGGAAUCUUGAUUGGAAGUCCAGUUGGCGGAGCGAUCUUUCCGGAGAGUUGGCCUGGCGCGCAGAUAUUUUGUGGCGGGACGUUGGCGCUUGCUACAGCUGCCGUGGUCGCUACUGACAUUGCUUAUACAAGGAGUUUGAGGAACAGGGUUGGUGGGAAGGUGUGA